UACCAGAUGUGUCAGAAGAAAGCGAAAAAAGACCUUGAUAAAAUGAUCAAAGUUGUAGUUAAAUCGUCAGAUGCCUCUGCGGACGCAGCGAAGAGAUGCAAAGAUUUUAUGAAGACACAGAUGUCAUCUGGAGAAAAGAGUCUAGAUACUGUUGUUGAGGCAGUCACGGAAGAAGUGGAAAACGACAUGCGAGAAAAUGAGUACUACAAAGAAUACAACCAGAAGCUGAAGGAUGACCUAUAUUACAAACGUUACCUACAUAGCUGUGUGGAACUGUGUUGGUUAAUGCGUCUCCAAGAUCCUCCUGUCUUCAUGAUGGCGACAAUCGUUGCCGAGUCAACCAAAGAUCACUUCCGGGCUUACACACGUUCUGGGAAACACUUUGACUUUAUUGUGUGGCCAGCGCUGUUCCUUUACAAAGACGGACCGUUAUUAUACAAGGGUGUGGCCCAAUAUACAGACAAGAGCAAGGAUUCAUUCGAUUUUUAGAUCCGGGUCAUCUGAGACUGCGGGGGAAAUUCAAACCGUGAAAAAAAACAACUUUAAAGCAGAAUAUUUCUGGUGAAAAUAUACUUAUUUGGCGUUACACAACAUGUUUAAGGAACAAUUAAGACCACGGAACAUUUCUAUACUUGAUAAUGAGACAGUUUUACCCGAAGUCCUCUGUUGAAGAUUUUAGUGACGUCAUUGAUUUAUUUAAACUUUGUAAAUUCAAACCAAUUCCUAUGAAUUACACACAAGGGUAACCAUUCAGUAGACUUGCACUGUACAAUGUACAUGUAUGGAAAAUAAGAUUAUCCCUGAUUACUUAAAUCAUGAUUGACUGUAGUUGGGAGAGUGUUAUUUAGAUGUAUUAAGAUGAAUUAAAUGAUGUAGAUCAAUAAUACUUACAGAAAUGUAAUUCUCCUUUAGAUUAAUUACAUUGCCAUUUAAUGUUAGUAAACUUCUCAAUUAAAUGACGUAAAAAAGGGGAUCUUGGUAAACGUUUUGAAAUACAUUGCUAAUCAAAGACUAUAAAUGUCAUGGGCAAUGUGACCACAUAAUUAUCUAAUCAUACUUCUUUUAACAUUUCGUGGAUAUAUGCAUGCUUGGAUUAACAGUACCAACGACAUCAACGAAAAGAAAUUUCCCGCAAAAUCUGAUCAUUUUACGGUAUCAUUUGAUCAAAAGUAAAAUUUAUGCAAACAUGUAAACUUUUUUUCUCCAGUUUCAGUUAUGUAGAAACAAUUAUACACAAUGUAGACAAAUUUUGCUAUGUAUGUUUUGCUUCGGCAGAAAGGGCAUAUAUAUGUAUAUUGUAUGUAUUAUUCAUAUUUUGUGUAUGUGUAACUUUUUUUUCAUUUAGAAGAAAUAUUUAUUUUUGAAGUACAUGUGUAUCAACCGUUUUUGUGUUAUGAAAGGACCUGACUCCUUAAUGUUCAAAAUUUCGUAUUUUGUGAAUAUCUGCAUGUUGGAGAUGGACUAAAAUUAACACUGACUCUCCCUAUGCAGGUGGAACUUUCCGAAAGAUUUUGUUGUCGCUAGCUUUGGGUUCGGUGGUUAUAUUUCGCUUAUAUCUCAGUAUAGUAAAUACAGUGCAUUUAUUAAUUUUCAUAUAUUAACGUGACGUUACUGGGCUUGACCAAGAUUUACAUUGACAAGUUUCCUCGAGGAAGCAGAAGACGCCCACUAUUCCUGAACACCAGGCCCCACUUGUAUAAAACAUCUCAACUUGAGAUUUCCUCAAGUCGAGAUUUUCCUCAGCUGAUAUCUCCUCAAAAACGGCUUGUAUAAAAAUUUCUCAAGGAACAGGAGGAAGGCAUCGGCUAGGAUGUCCUGAAAUUCCUUGAGGAAUUUUCAUACAAGAUAUUUUCAAAGAGAUAUUAGCUGAGGAAAAUCUGGGCUUGAGGAAAUCUCAAGUUGAGAUGUUUUAUACAAGUGGGGCCUGGUUUUAUUCUUAUGGAGCUUUUUCAGAAGUACUGUAUAUUUUUUUCUUUUGUUCGUGGUUUGCUCUGGUUUCAUCAGAUAUCUCUUUUAAUUAAGGUUCUGUUGACAUGUCUGUGUUCAUUGGUGGUUUACUCAGAACCCGCUGACUCUGUACCAUGUUGGUGUUCUAUUUUGUUCGUUCAUGCCGUGGAUUCAAGCAGACUGAAAUUUCUUUUUUUGAGGCAACACCAUUCUGUAGAAUAUGCAAAUCAUGAAAUAUUCAACAAGUACAAUGGACGGAGUAGACUUUAAUUUGUUUUCUCUUUUCAACGUUGUAAUUAUUUGAAAUAAAUCAUUCUUAUUCCAAAUCUGAAGUCUGUAACGUUCAGAUGUGUGACAUGCCAUACAAACAUUGCUGCACAUGAUCAGAAAAUAUAGCUAAGUGUGACUGAAGAGUUUAGUUGCUCAAGUCUUUAGCGGAAAGGAAUAAACACGAAGACCUGGUCAUGAUAAAAUAUUUUAGUAGUCACAUGAUUUGUAAUAAAUAUAAGUAUUUUUUGUCUUUAUAUUAAAAGUCUAAUUUGCACUUGAACAUUAUUACAAGAUAUAUGUUACUAUAGCACCAUCCAAUUACCUGUAAUUAUGCCUCUUGUUUCACUUAGAGAGGGUAGUACUGUUAAUCAUUUGCACUUGGUGUUUGAAUUUAGCUAACAUUAUAUUCUAUGUAUGA